GAAAUGCGGUACUCAGCACUCCAUCCAGGAGCUGGCCGAUGCGUUUGAUUCUGCGGAGCCGAGUCCCAUUCUCAAGGCAGGCUUCCACGACGCCCACUCAGCGGCCGGUCUCCUGAAGCUCUACCUCCGUGAGCUGCCCGAACCCGUAGUACCCUUCCAAUUUUACGAUCGUCUCAAGGCGACCGGCUACCGUAUUGACGAUGGACAGGACCUGCAACCCAUCAUCUCCAUCCUUGAAACCCUGCCGGCCCCCAACUACACUCUACUGCAGUUCUUAUGCCAAUUCCUAUUCGAGGUAACUACUUUCAAAGAUAACAGUAGUUGUGGCAACUCAAAAAUGUUAACGUGUAUAUCCUGGACUGUUUCCGUUGCGAUAAUAGUACUUAAGUAG